AUGUCUUCCUCGAGAGUCGGUCUCCGCUUCUUCCAGAAUUCCAGAGCUGUUUUCCAGAACAUAGCUUCUCCAUUCCGCAGACAGGGACUGAGAGCGCGGCGGUUCCAGAGUACCGAAGCCAGUUCUUCCAAUGCUCCAGCACAGAGUUUCCUUCAGCGGUCAUGGAACAGUCCCGUUGGGCUGAAAACGGUGCAUUUUUGGGCUCCGAUUAUGAAGUGGGUUCUUGUUCUAGCUGGUCUUUCUGACCUCGCGCGUCCUGCAGACAAGCUCUCAUUAACUCAGAACGCUGCCUUGAUGGCCACCGGCGCAAUUUGGACUAGAUGGUGUCUCAUCAUUAAACCGAAGAAUAUCCUUCUGGCCGCUGUUAACUUCUUCGUUGGAUGCGUGGGAUUCAUGCAAGUUAUUCGCAUUUUCAUGCACAGGCGGACUGUCGAUGGUUCAGCCAAAGCAGCCCUCAAGGAUAUGAGUCAUGAAGCUACGGACCCGGCUAAGGCCGCUGUGCUGAAAGCUGAAAAGAAGGCAGAGGCUUUGGUAAAGUGA